GCUAAGACUGUGUGUAAAGCGGUCAAUUUAAGUUAAGCUAAAGUGAAGCAUCUUUCCCUAAGUAUCGUGCGAGGUUUUGGUUAAAGUGUUAUUGCUUUCCUAAAAGUUGGUUAAAGUGUGACUGAUCAACUGACACAUACUAUAUGAUCGUUCUAUUGCCUUAGAGGAACGGUCGCUGGUUUCAUUCGAGAAAUUCCAUUGCAAUAAGGAGUGUCGUACUGGGUAAUAGAAGGGCCUUUCAGUUUCGCGUAUACCAUGUGAUCAAUAUAUGUGUCUUCUGUGUAUAUGUCUGUAUGUGGGGGUAAUUUUAUGUGCCAAGAUAUCGGUAUUCGUUUUCACACUCCAAUAUGUAUCUGCAGUGCUGUGCGUAGGAGUAUCGGAAGGAAUGUGUUGAAAAACGCCAUGAGCAAGACUGCCUUCUACGUGUCAAACACCGGCGAACGUGUUGCAUGUGAAAAUGAAGAAAUGUGCGUUAAAUACCGUGCGAGUGUAGCUAGCAAAAAGCUAGUAGAAGCUGCGUGUCCAUGUGAAUCGGUGGUAUUGGAAAGUGACAGUGUUUGAGGUGUAUAGCUGUGCAUCUCGCGGUACUUCUACACUGCCACGGUGAAAGUAGCUGAGAACGCAUCACGCUUGGCCUAGGGUUUUGGUAUUGAGUGUUGGAUCGGUAUUGAGCAAGAAGUAGCCCGCGCAGGAACGAUGGAAGCGGACGUUUUGAAUGCGUUAACAACGCAAACCGCAUGGAUGCCGGGUGGACGCGACCGUGAUGGACAUCCACUAGUCGUAAUACCUGUACCCUUCUAUGAUAGUUUACCCUGGAUGAAGGGUUUCCUGGAGACGACGGUACGGUAUUUGCUGGCUAGCUUGAGCCAUGAUACAGUGAACAGUGGACUCGCCAUUCUUCUCGAUGCACAAAAGUGCUCUUGGCGAGUGGCACGCCAGUACAUACGGCACGUGCAGCAGUUGCUAGGAGAGCAUAUGAACAGCUUUCUCGUGAUACGGCCGGAUGCCUUUUGGGAUAAAAAUCGCGUCGAAAACUGCGCUCGGCAACACCGCAAGGGUGAGCCUACGAUCAUUUCAAAAUCACGCCUGAUGAAAUAUUUUGAGGUCAGCGAGCUGCCCGAGGAAUUAGGAGGCUUAAUUGCUUACAACCAUGACCAAUGGAUACAAUCGCGUGAGCGCAUCGAAGAAUUCCGAAAAUCCUACGAAAAAGCGAUCGGUGACCUAGAAAACUUGCAUCUUAUCUUGCUAGACAACCGUUCGAUACGAGCGAGCGAAUCAUCGUCGGCACUUAAAUCAUGCCUAAGGCUGAAUCUGGAUGUGCAAAAAUUUCUCUCUCUCGUUAUGGACAACGGGAAGAAAUUGUUGGCACACUUGAGCGACCGCCAUGUAUCAAGAUCGGCUGUAUCUCAGGACCUCACGGAUAGCAAAUGCCAGGUUGAAACCAUGCUCAACACACUCGAUCGCAAACAGACGGCCGUGAAUGCGGCUCGAAAUGAGCUCGAGCGAACGGUUGAAGUCCUACAAGAGCUAGCCAAUCUCGAAGAGGGCGUAUCACACGUAACUAAUUGGAUCCUCACAACAGCCGAAUCAAUGCUAAACGCACAGCUGAAGGUGGGAUAUGAUGUCAACACGGCAGAUCAACUACGCCUGGAGCACGAAAUCUUAGAGCUGCAGUGCUGGAAAACGUAUGGAUACUAUGCCGAGCUGAUUUACAAGAUUGACAAUCUGCCUCGGCCCAAGGACACCUCUGCGCAUCAGGACUUAAUGUCUCAGCGUGAAUGGAUGGAUUUUGUGUGCCGUAGUUUCGCUCAGCGGUUAGAACGACGUCGAAAUGUGCUGAUUACGUCGGUGCGCUUCUUUCGAUUGGUUGCUGAGUACUUCGACAAGACGAGCGAAGUCUUUCAGUCGCUCAUAAUAGGCGAACGUGUAGAAGAUUUCGAGCUUGCCAGUUCAAAUCUGCAAAAACUAAAAGAGAACCAAAUUAUGUUAGAAUUGGUAGAAAAAGAAAUCAUAAAAGAGGGAGAGAAGCUGAGUGAUGUGCUGCUGAUGCCAGUGAAGGAUGCCGUUGGAAGAGAUAUCGACGUAGACUAUAGCGAUGACAUCAGCAAUGUGAGGGACAUCCUCGACGCCACAAAGUCUAGGUCACGAAUCUUUGCCGAAAGCGUGGAACUGCAGAAACUGACGCUCGAUCAGAUUACGCAUAUUUUCAAGUAUGAAAAGGAUGCUCGCACCGCGAUCCAGUGGAUGGACGAUCUGCACAAAGUGAUGCUGCGCUCGCAUACGCACGUUGGCAGUAAUGUGUACGAGAUUCAGGCACAAAAGGAUGAACAUCAGGCGUUUCAGGAGACGGCUAAAGGAACGUACAAUUAUGGGUGUCAACUACUGAAUGCAUCGCUCGCGUUGCGUCAAUCGUGCAAGCUUGACGCGGAGCAAAACAUCGCGAUGACCAAGAGCCUGCAAAACACCUGGAAGAGCUUCCAGGCAGUGAGCCAAGAACAGAUGACUCGGUUGCGAGUGUCUGCUGUGUUUCAUCGCAGCGUAGAGGAGCAUUGCAUGAAAUUGCUUGAGCUGAAGGAUGGUGUGCUAAAGAUUGGUGAAAUCGAAGAUGAGGGCAAGCGAAAGGUGCGUUUGAGCAAGCAUUUGGCAACUCGGGAGAGGCUACUCGUCGAAGUGGGUCGUAUGGUGCGGUUAGGUCGCCUGCUGAAGACAAGACUAAAGGAACCCUUCCUGUUGGACGAUCGAGUAGAUACCAGUUCCGUGGCGAGUUUCGAGCAUAUUAUUACUGAAAGUGAUAACAUUAUGGCUUGUGAGGCGAUUUCAACUCGUUUGACCGAAGUUGCACGUGUAGCGGAGACGUUGGACAGUGUUCUGAGAGAUGUUCAGGGCGGGUUCAGUGAUGAGGUGGGUGAGCUAGCCAGCAGCGACGUGAACGAUGGCAACUUCACACUGACAAAGCACAACGAUAGUAACAAUCAGAGUGAUGAUUGGACCUCAAGUGUUAAGUCAACGGAUGAAGGGUCCUUCAUUACUGCAUCCGAUUGCAUCUGUACUCCACAAUCGCGAUCUUCAUCCUACCACACGGCGUCGGAAUGUCGAGCUUCUCCUUGGUGGGGGAUCGAAUCCAUCGAACAGCAGAGCUCGCUCGAUAAUGACUCGUCAGAGGAUCACGAUUCGGAAGCUUACCCAUCGAUCAAACUCUUAUCUGGUGUGGUAAUGUCUACGAGUGCGAAUAUUUCCUUUGACGAUUCGGAAAACAUUUUUCUCACACCCGCGGAUGGGCAAGGUGCGGCUAGUGUGGAUUCACAUCCAGAUUCCGACGAUACCGUCACAUCAGAUAACUCGCCCCGACAACAGCACCAACCGAGCCCUCUGGAAACAAGUUCGGCAUCCAGUUCGGCCCUUAAUUCGAUAAAUCGUCGUGAAAAUCUUGCGCUCUCGUUGACACCGGAAGAGCUAGAGCAAAUCGAAAACGACAUUCGCAACAACAAUCUCAUGGGAAUGGAUAUAAGUAGUCAAGAUAUUAAAAGCACCCAGGUGACGCCGACCAGUGAAGACAGUGGGAAUGUGAGUACUAGUAGUGUUAAGCUGGAAGAGGGAGAAGAUGGCAUACUCAGUCCGCUACAGUUGACCGAUCCUGUUCGUUUUGAGCCUGUUAAGGGGCCAACGGAUAUAUCGGGACUCACUUACUACUAUCAGAACAUCAUCACGAAGCAUACGGUGAAGAGUUGUUUGUAACCCGGAGGAGAACAUCGUUGAGCCAUACCCAAGCCUACAACCGCCUUGCCAACAUUUUUUUGCUUGAAUUGAUCAAAGAUUCUAUAGCAAGCAAAAGCUUUAGUUUUUUAAAUUAUUCAUUUAAGUGUCAUUCACUAUAGGAGUCCUUAAAAUUUUAACAACUUUUGUCAGCAGUAGCGAUAGAAAAAUAUAGAAGGUAAGGCGUGUUAUUGUGUGAAAUCGUUUUGUAGGUUGAAAUAAA